GUCGCGGCUGGCGGCGGAGCCAUCUGAUAUUCCCGACAUACAGAAUGGCAGACUCCGCUACAACGGCACCGGCACCAGCCGCUCCCACACCGAAGAAGGCGAAGGCCGCGGCCGCCAGCAAGAAGCCCCGCGUCAAGCCGGCUCACCCACCGACGUCGGACAUGGUGAACGCGGCCAUCAAGAGCCUGAAAGAGCGCGGCGGUUCGUCGCUGCAGGCCAUCAAAAAGUACAUCGCGGCCAACUACAAGGUUGACGCCGAGAAGCUGGCCCCUUUCAUCAGGAAGUACCUCAAGUCGGCCGUAGCGUCCGGCGCUCUCACCCAGCCGAAAGGCAAGGGCGCCACCGGCUCGUUCAAACUGUCGGUGAAAUCCUCCGGAGAAGGAGCCAAGUCCGCCGGCAGCGAGACGGUCAAGAAGGCCGCCAAGAAAGCACCGGCCAAGCCGAAAGCCGGCGACAAGAAGCCGAAGGCGGCCAAAAAGCCAGCCGCAGCCAAGAAACCGGCCGCCGCCGCCGCGACCAAGAAGGCCGCCAAGCCCAAGACUCCCAGCAAGGCAAAGAAGGUCGCCAAACCGCCGACCAAAAAGCCCAAGUCGCCCAAACCGAAGAAAGUGGCCGUGAAGAAAGCCAAAACGCCCAAGAAGACCGCCGCCAAGAAGAAGUAAACCGGCCGGCCAGUCGCUCUCCUCCCUCGACUGUGGGAAAUCCAAACGGCCUUUCUAAAGGCCACC